CGACUAUACAUUUUUCAAUUUGAAAUCCAAACGGCUACGAGAAAUCAUUGCGCAGAAGAAUUGAAACAACAUCCAUGAACAAAGAGAAUACAUCAUCCCGUCUCCCAGUUAUGUCUGGGAAACGGGUGCACACCUCUAGCUCGGAUGGGGAGCAACAACAGCCUGCACAGAAGAAGAUGCGCAGGGUGGACACAGAGCCGCCUCAGAGGUUCAAAACUGCUGCAAGUGUUGUGCCCCCAAGACGACCUGUAGCAGUCAAAGCUCCUGCCAAACCUCUUCGUCCAACAGGAGCUGCAACAGUGGCUGUUGCCCCCUCAAGAGGUGAUCAGAAAAGACCAGUUGCAGCAGUUGCUAAAGCAAAUACAGGUUCAGGGAUGUCCCGAAGGCCAGGAUGGGACCUGAAGGGUAAAGUCAGUGACAUGGAGAACAAAGUACAAAAUUACCAGAGCAAAGUAAAAUCUAUAAAUCAGGAAAAUGAAGGUCUGAAAGACUCCAUAUCCAAAGCCCAAAAGAGAGAAGCUGAAAUGAGAGAGGAAAGUAAUAGAAUCAAAAAGCGUCUUCGGGACUGUGAAGAUGAACUGGUAAAGCUGGCUACUGUAAAAGAUGACCUGGAGCAAACUUCUAAAGAGAGAGAUAGUCUUAAGAAAGACUUCAACAAGCUAACUGAGGAACACAAGGUUUUGGAAGGUCUCAGGGAUAAUUUGGAGUCUGAGCUCCGCAAUGUGCAGACUCAGCUCUCCAUUCAGACCUCUGCACUGGGACGGUGUCAGGACAGUCUGAAAGAGAGUCAGGAAAUAGUCAGAAAGCUUGAGGAGACAGUGGCCCGUCAAAGGGAAGAGCUACACUUUGGAGAAAUGGAGCGAAGGAAACUCCACAACACCAUUCAGGAGCUCAAAGGCAACAUUAGAGUCUUUUGUAGAGUCCGGCCCCUGCUGACAGGCAAUAAGUUUGAUGUUCGGCAUAUUCAGUUGCCUGCCCAUGACAACAAGGCUCUUACGCUGGCCAAAAUGGAAGAGUCGCACACAGGCCGCACAGCUGACACACAGAAAAGCUAUAACUUCAGCUUUGACCGUGUGUUUGGGCCACGUGCCUCUCAGAGUGAGGUUUUUGAAGAGAUUUCUCUGCUGGUCCAGUCAGCUCUGGAUGGGUACAACGUUUGUUGCUUUGCUUACGGUCAAACGGGCAGUGGUAAGACCUUCACCAUGGAAGGGGGCGAAAUGGAGGACUUGUGGGGUGUCAUUCCACGUGCCGUCCAGCAAAUCUUUAAGUAUGCCAAAGCACUCCGUGAGCAAGGGUGGCAGUACACAUUCACUGCUAGCUUUGUGGAGAUCUACAACGAGACUCUUCGAGACCUUCUGUAUACGGGAAAACCGAACAAGAGACUCGAGCAUGAGAUCAGGAAGGUCUCUAACAAUGAGAUCACCGUUACCAACCUGACAUACCAAAAAGUCAACAAUGAGGAUGAGGUACACAACUUGAUCAUGCUGGCAAACCAAAACAGGUCCACCGCCCGCACCUGCAUGAACGAUCAGUCCUCACGUUCUCACUCUGUGUUCCAGCUAGACAUAGAGGGCGAGAACUCCGAUCGAGACACUAAGUGCAAGUCUACACUGUGUCUAGUGGACUUGGCUGGUAGUGAAAGAGUGCAGAAAAGUCAGUCACAAGGAGAACGCUUCAAGGAAAUGACUGCCAUCAAUUCUUCCCUCACCAACCUGGGAAUCGUGAUCGCUGCUUUGGCCAACAAGGACAGCUUUGUUCCCUACCGUAACUCCAAGCUCACCUACCUACUCCAGAACUGUCUCGGAGGCAACAGCAAAACUUUGAUGUUUGUCAAUAUUUCCCCCGAGGAAGAGAGUUUCAGUGAGUCCCUGAAUUCUCUGCGCUUCGCCAGCAAGGUGAACGACUGUGUUAUCGGAACCGCUUCAGCUAAUCGGAAGUAGCUUAGCCAUCAUUCCCCAUAUUCCACUGUUGUGAUUUUUAUGUUUUUCUUUUUAUCUGUUCCCCUCACUUAUUCCGUAUUUACCCAAAUCCCCCCCAUCUGUCUUUUUAUAUUUCUGUGAUACAUUUUAAUGUACAGUUUGGUUGGUAUCUUUUUAGAUUUCUGAUUGGCAGACAAUUUUUUAUCAAUGUUUAUCCACUAUCAAAUGCAUAUUGUACUUAAACUUGUAAGAGAACUCAAUAAAUUUUCCAUUUUGGCGUGUAAUGCAGCGGUAAGCAUGAUUAUGAUGCCAAGUGGACAAGUUUGAAUAAUAUAUAUAUAUAUAUAUAUAUAUAUUUUUUUUUUUUUAAUGCUGAGCUAAGGAUUUUAAAACGUAUGAACGAUGUGUAGUUAUAGUUAAAGUUAAGUUAGUAAAAUGAAUUUAGUUUGUAAAUGUUUUAGUUGUGCAAAUGCUACAUAUUUUUCUGUUACAAAAAUGGUAACCAUAGUUUGUCAGAAUGCUAAAGUAACUAUAAAACUGGUACCUUGGUAUUAGCCACUGUUGCCAAAAGGAAUAAAAUGACAUUCUCACAGCUGUGUUCACUGUUUGAAGGAGAGCCCAUAUCUGUUAUGGUUUAAUAGUAAUAACUUGGCAAUAGACAAUGGCUUUUUUUUUUCUAACAUCAAGAUUUUAAGUGCAUCAAAAUAACCCUGUAAAAUGUUUAUGAAUGUAUAAGGGCUGUGUAGUACUGCAUGCUCAGGGGCUGCAGACUCUUUCAUUUAGUUUGUUUAUUUUUAUUUCCCCUUACAUAAAAAAGAGAGAGUGAAGUGACAAAAAAAUAAUUUUUAGAUACUGUGACUGGUCACCAUUACUUUUAAAGAAAUAUGCCAAUAUAAAUUAAGCUCAAUCAACAGCAUUUGUGGUAUAAUGUUGUCUACCUAAAAAAAAAAAAAAGGCAGAAAUCGAGGUUACAGUGAGGCACUUACAAUGGGAGUGAAUUGGGCCAAUAUUUGGAGGGUUAAAAGAAAUGUGAAGAAGCUUAUAAUUGUAUCAAAGCACUUACAUAAAUUAUAUUAACUUGUAUAUUUCAGCUAUAAAGCUGUUUAAAUUAUUGUUUUUAAAUUUUGUAAAAUUGGAUAUAACUAUAAACAGAAAACAUAUGCAAUUUUAUCAUACUAAAAUCAUGUUGGCACGAAUAUUGUUUACAUCAUGUGGCUUUACUUUUGAAACUGUAUUUUAAAGGAAUAUUCCGGGUUCGAUACAAGUUGAACUUAAUCGACAGCAUUUGUGGCAUAAUGUUGAUUACCGCAAAAAUUUAUUUUAACUCGUUUCUCAUUAUCUUUCAAAAUGACAAAAAUCAAGGUUACCGUGAGGUAUUUACAAUGGAAGUGAAUGGGGCAAAUUUUUGGAGAGUUUAAACAGAAAUGUGAAGUGCACUUGCAUUAAGUCUUCUGUUAACCUCCUAUGUUAUCUGAGCUGUAAAGUUGUUUAAAUUGUCGUGUUUACGGUCUUUAUAGUGUUAACUGCGUUACGUCAUCAUGGCAACAAAGUUGUAAAAUUGGAAAGCUUCACACAGAAAAGCAAUUUUAUCACACUAAAAUCAUGUUAACAUGCAUAUUGUUUACAUUUUGUUGCUACACAGUUGAAAUACUAUUUAAACGUUUAUGUAUUGGACCCAUUGACUACCAUUGUAAGUGCCUCACUGUAACCCAGAUUU